AUGAAGGUUUUUAGGUGUUCGUAUGUCGUUACAAGUAAAUUUUGCUCACAUGUCCAUUCAUGCGUGUUUAAGGAGAUUGUCCAGCAGCUCAUAGACAACAGUACAACAUUCAAGGACAAAACUGAAUUUGCUCAAGAGAAAUACAUCAAGAAGAAAAAGAAAAAGUACGAGAGUGACAUAACAAUCCUAAAGCCCUCCACUCGACUCCUUGCCAUGAUGUACCACGGCAGAGAACCAGGGAAAAUAUGUCACCUGCGGUACGACACAUUGGCUCAGAUUUUGACUCUGGGGAACAUCCACGCUGGCAGUAAAAUCAUUGUUUUUGAGACCUGUGCUGGACUUGUGUUGGGCUCGGUGAUGGAGAGAAUGGGAGGUUAUGGCUCAGUUAUUCAGAUGUAUCCCGGUGGAGGCCCAACGAGAGCCGGCAUGGAGAGCUUCGGCUUUCCGUCUCACUUCCACGAGACGCUGCAUGAAUUCCCUUUAUGCAAAGUUAACGCUCUGUUGGCGGGAACCCUGGAUCUGUCAGAGAAGGAUGCGGACUCUCAGGCCACUGGCAGCGGGAACGGACGAUCCGAGUCCUCUCAGGAAACCUCAGGUGUGUCUGAGGAGAAGAACACCGAACCUCAGAGCAUGGAGGUCAGCGUCGACCCGCAAGAGGAAAUGAGGAGAGCGGAGAGAGAAAGACUGCGAGAGCAGAGGGCUCGAGAGAAAAAGGUGAAGAUGGAGGAGAAGAGGAAGAAGUUAGCUUCAGCUGCUGCUCUGUUAGAGGGCAGAAAUGCAGAUGGGUUGGUGAUUGCUAGUCGCUUCCACCCCUGUCCUGUGUUAAUGGGUCUGCUGAAGUUCGUAGCACCAUCACGACCGUUCGUAGUGUACUGUCAGUACAGAGAGCCGCUGAUUGAGUGCUACACAAAACUCCGGGAACAAGGAGGAGCAAUCAGUCUCAGAUUAACAGAUUCCUGGCUCAGGCAUUACCAGGUGUUGCCCAACCGGACUCAUCCAGUGCUGCUCAUGAGUGGAGGUGGAGGGUAUCUCCUGUCCGGAACCACGGUCGCUGCAGACGCUGCCAAAGCUAGGAAUCAGCACAAAUCAGAGGAGCCUGUUGCCAAGAGGCUGAAACUGGAUAAGAUUAGUUCAUCAUGUGACAGCUCUGCCUAGGCAAUUAGUUUAGGUUAACUUAAGUGAGAAGAAACCAAAUCAGUGUUGGACUCACACAUGCAGGCAGUGCUUUAUUCUCUACGAGUUGCACGACUUUAUUAUUCAAAGUCUGUUAUCUACUGUGUUUAUUUCUUUUUGACAAGAUUUGCAUUUAAGAGUUACAUCAAUGUUCUCAUCUUUAUUUAUUUAUUUUUUUUAGCAAGAUGUGGAGGAAGGAAAACAUGCGCUGCAUUUUCGGCAUCCUCUGCACUUGGCGAAUAACCAAGUUUCAAUAAUAAUUAUUUUUUAAAUAAAUUUCAGAAGGCAUCCAGCAUCAACACAAAUGAUAACCACAUUCAUCAGCUUUGGUCCCAUAAUUACACAUUUUAUUAAAUGUAAACAAUGCAGAGAUUCUAUGGACCGCCAUAAAGAACAACAACAAUUUUUAAACAUACUGCAUUUUUCACAGUUGUAAAGUAGCAUGCUCUUAAAUGCAUUCAAAUUUAAAUGCAUUUAAAUGCCCAGUACGUGGGCAUUUAGUUCUUUUAGGUUUUUUUUUUUUAAGAAUAUUUUAGGAUGUAAUAAAGAGAGAAAUGAUUCACAUGGUA